CUUUUAGACUUCAACACUCCAAGUCCAAACCUUUGGUUUUCCUCCUCACAAGUAUUUCUUCAUCUUCUCAUUCUAAAAAGUUAGGCAUGUGAACAAAAACGUUGAGAGGUCUUGAGAUUUGCAUAAACAGAGUAUAUAACGAUGGAGCACUUAUGGGUAGCAAAAGAAACCAAGAAGAAGGAAAAAAUCAUCAAAGGAAGAGAUUUAGUCGAUGUUGUCUUCUCUUGGUCUCUUCGUGAUGUGUUAAACUCAAAUCUAUACAGAGGACAGGUAGGGAAGAUUCCUAACACAUUCACAUCAACCAAAGAGUAUUUUGAGUCAUUUGUUAAACCGAUUAUUGAAGAGACACAUGCUGAUUUGUUGUCAAGUAUGGGAACGAUACGUCGUGCACAAGCUUUUAAGUUUUGGGAAAUCAAGCCAGGGAAAGAUUUUAAACCUCCUAGGGAUCUUUAUUAUGAGGUUACUUUGCAGAUGACAAAUGAGUAUAUGACCAAAGGAGGUCAAAAUCUGUUAGAGGUUAAUGAUCUUAUUGCAGUGACCGAUAAGAGGCCUAUUCGAAUCGAUGACUUGAGAUUUUCUCAUGAGCCUUAUUUGCUAGCUCUUGUUUGUGGAGUGAAUGAAAAUAAUCCACAUUUGAUAACUAUUUUGGCUUCUAAGCCAAUUAUUUUCGACGAUGAUGACGAUAUAAAAACGUCGUCGAAGAGAGGAAAGGGUGAGAGGAAAAGCUUAAGUUUCUUUGGGGUUAAUUUGAUCAACAUGAUGACAAAUAUUCGUAUUUGGACUGCGUUGCAUCCAAACCCCGAAGGAGGAAACUUGAAGCUUAUUUCAAGAGUACUUCAAAGCAACAAUGAGGUUGAUGGAGGAAGUUGUGUUUCUUGUAAAGAAAACAGUGAGAGUGUAGUCUCAGAUUACUCAGCUCGAAUGCUACGUUCAUUUAAACUGAAUUCAUCUCAAGAGGACGCGAUUUUACGUUGUCUUGAAGCUAAAAGUUGUAACCAUUCCAACAAUAUCAAACUUAUUUGGGGACCACCGGGCACAGGGAAGACGAAAACAACAAGUGUUCUGCUUUUGAACUUUCUGAAAAUGAGAUGCAGGACAUUGACUUGUGCUCCAACUAACAUAGCUGUUUUGGAAGUUUGUUCAAGGCUUGUGAAAUUAGUCUCUGAGUCUUUGAGGUUUGAUGGGUAUGGUCUCGGAGAUAUAGUGUUGUUUGGCAAUAAAGAAAGGAUGAAAAUCGAUGAUCGCGAAGAUCUUUUCGAUGUCUUCCUUGAGUACCGAGUUGAUGAGCUUUAUAGAUGUUUUAUGGCUCUGACUGGAUGGAGAGCAAAUGUAAACCGUAUGAUCUGUUUGCUCAGUGAUCCGAAACACGAGUUUCGCCAAUUCAAAUCCGUAAAUACAACACUUCUCUCGUUUAAGGAUUUUGUGGAGGAGAGGCUUAGUAGACUAAGAUAUGAUCUGCAUCAUCAGUUUACAACUUUGUGUCUCCAUUUACCAACUUCUUUGCUCUCCUUUAGGGUGGCGGAAAAGAUGAACCAGACUAAUAAUCUCCUUAGAAACAUCGCGGCUUCUGAUGUCAUGAGAGAUGGUUAUGGAAGAAUGAAAUAUAAGCUUAAAGAUACUGGUGAUGAAAAUGAUUCAAGAACGCAAGAUUGUUUGGAGAUGUUGACAUCGAUUUCUAUGAGUAUCAAACUUCCGGAUUUUAUAUCCAAGUUCGAACUUCAAAAACUCUGCUUAGAUAAUGCAUAUCUGUUGUUUUGCACAGCAUCAAGCUCUGCUAGGUUACACAUGAGUAGUCCAAUACAGCUUCUUGUGAUUGAUGAAGCUGCUCAGUUAAAAGAAUGCGAGUCAGCGAUACCAUUGCAGCUUCGAGGACUUCAACAUGCGAUUUUGAUCGGUGAUGAGAAGCAAUUGCCUGCAAUGAUAAAAAGCAAUAUUGCUUCAGAGGCUGAUCUUGGGAGGAGUUUGUUCGAAAGAUUGGUGUUGUUGGGACAUAAUAAACAGUUGCUGAACAUGCAGUACCGAAUGCAUCCUUCGAUUAGUAUUUUCCCGAACAGAGAGUUUUACGAUAUGAAGAUUUUGGAUGCUCCUUCUGUGAGACUGAGAAGUUAUGAAAAAAAGUUUCUUCCUGAGAAAAUGUAUGGACCUUACUCUUUUAUCAACAUAGCUUAUGGAAGAGAACAGUUUGGUGAAGGAUAUAGUUCGAAAAACCUAGUGGAAGUCUCUGUUGUGGCUGAGAUAGUCUCAAAGCUUUACUCAGUAUCAAGAAAGACCGGGAGAACGAUAAGCGUAGGGGUGAUUUCACCUUACAAAGCUCAAGUGUUUGCGAUCCAAGAAAGGAUAGGCGAAAAGUAUAAUACCGAAGGGACAUUUACAGUGAGUGUUAGGUCUGUAGAUGGGUUUCAAGGUGGUGAAGAAGAUAUCAUUAUAAUCUCAACAGUCAGGUCUAACGGUAAUGGAGCUAUUGGUUUUUUAUCUAACCAACAAAGAACUAAUGUAGCACUCACUCGUGCGAGGUAUUGCUUAUGGAUUCUUGGAAACGAAGCGACUUUAACGAACAAUAGAUCAGUGUGGAGACAGUUGGUAGAUGAUGCGAAAGCACGAAACUGUUUCCAUAAUGCAGAAGAAGAUGAAUCAUUAGCUCAGUGUAUUGAAAGAUCAACAACAGCACUUGAUGAUCUUAAUAAGCUUCAAAACAAGAAGCUUAUUUCUUUUGAGAAUUCGAUAUGGAAGGUUUGGCUCAGCUACGAGUUCUUGAAAUCUCUGGAAACGAUCGUAGACUCGGAAAUUAAUAAAAGAGUUAUGAGCUUUUUGGAGAAGUUAUCUAAUGGGAAAGAGCUUCAUCAAGAGGUUGAGUUUGAAAGUGAGAAUUUGUUGAGACAACAUGAGUUUGAUGAUGGCUUAAGUCUUAUUUGGGCGAUAGAUAUUUUCAAGAAUAAUAAUCAACAUGUACAAGUUUUGAAGAUCUGGCAGGUUUUGCCAUCUACUGAUGUUUCUCGUGUUACAGAACAUCUAGAGAAACAUUACAGGCGAUACACGAAAGGCAAGAUAAGUCGGUGUCGAUACAUAUGCUCUCAAGGUGAUUUAGUUGUACCAAUGCAAUGGCCGGUUGAUUCCAAUUCUUGUUCAAAGAAAGAUAUUGUAAGCGAUGUUUCGAGAUCAUUUGCGUUGCUCAGUGUUGUGGAAGAGGAAACUGAAACAAGUGAAGCUAAAGAAACUGUGGAAGAUUAGAAGAAAGGUUCAACUUUCAACAUCUAACCCCAAAGAUCCUAAGUGAAAUUUGACUGUUUCUUUGUCAAAAGCAGACAAUUUGGUAUUCCUUUUGGUCUUUUAAAACAUUGUGUGUCUGCUUCUUUUGCGUCCUUUUGUGA